AUGUCGUGGCAAGGGCGCCUUGCUGACCUUGGCUCUCUGCCGCGGAACAAUAGCCUUGUCGGCACCGGCCACAUCGACAAAGCCGCCAUCAUCAGCGUCGCUGGAGACAGCGUCUGGGCCGCCACGAGCGGAUUUACGGUCUCUCCCGACGAGAUGAAGAACCUCGUUUCCGUCUUGAGCGGAAACAGUGCCGCCGUCGACAAGGCCCACGCGGACGGCAUCCACAUCGGCGGCGACCGGUACGUCGUCGCUCGGAUCGAGGACCGAAGUAUCUACGGUCGACAGGGCCGGAACGGUAUCUGCGUCGCCAAGACGAAGCAGGCGAUCAUCAUCGCCCACCACGGCGAGGCCCAAGUAGCCGGCAACGCGACCCAGACCACCGAGGCCCUGGCCGACUACCUCAUCAAGGCCGGGUACUAA